AUGUCGGCCUCAUCUCCCGCUGUCCUGCGAACGGCUGCACUCGGCCGAUGGGGCCCAAAGAGCUGGGCGCGGCUGCCGGGCUGUCCUAAGCUGAGGCCUGCCAACCCGGUCUCGUGGGUUCCUGCUCGGAAGUCGGCGACGGUGACCGUGGAGCCCGCGGGCCGCUGCCUCUGGGACGAGCCCGUGCGCAUCGCCGUGCGCGGCCUGGCCCCGGGGCAGCCGGUCACGCUGCGCGCGUCCCUGCGCGACGAGAAGGGCGCGCUCUUCCGGGCCCACGCGCGCUACCGCGCCGACGCCACGGGCCAGCUGGACCUGGAGCGCGCGCCCGCGCUGGGCGGCAGCUUCGCGGGGCUCGAGCCCAUGGGGCUCCUCUGGGCCCUGGAGCCCGAGAAGCCCCUGCUGCGGCUGGUGAAGCGGGACGUGCAGACGCCGUUCGCCGUGCAGCUGGAGGUGCUCGACGGCCACGAGCCCGAGGCCGGGCGGCUGCUGGGCCAGGCGGUGCACGAGCGCGCCUUCCUGGGGCCCGGGAUGCGGCGGGAGCCCGUGCGCGCGGGCCGGGUGCGCGCCACGCUCUUCCUUCCGCCAGAACCUGGGCCUUUUCCUGGGAUUGUGGACGUUUUUGGAGCUGGAGGUGGCCUUCUGGAAUAUCGAGCUAGUCUGCUGGCUGGGAAGGGUUUUGCUGUGAUGGCUCUGGCCUAUUACAACUAUGACGACCUCCCCAAGAGCAUGGAGAGCCUCCACCUGGAGUACUUUGAGGAAGCUGUGAACUGCCUGCUUAGUCACCCUCAGGUAAAGGGUCCAGGAGUUGGGCUGCUUGGCAUUUCCAAAGGGGGUGAUCUCUGCCUCUCCAUGGCCUCAUUCCUGAAGGGCAUCACUGCCACCGUCAUAAUCAAUGGCUCUGUGGCCAAUGUUGGAGGGGCCUUGCACUACAAGGGGGAGACUCUGCCCCCUGUAGGCGUCGACCCAACGCGACUCAAAGUGACCAGUGAGGGCUUUGCAGACAUUUUGGAUGUCCUCAACAGCCCUUUGGAAGGACCCGACCAGAAGAGCUUCAUUCCUGUGGAAAGGGCUGAGAGUGCCUUCCUGUUCCUUGUAGGUCAGGAUGACCACAACUGGAAGAGUGAAUUCUAUGCCAGUGAGGCCUCUAAACGCUUACAGGCGCAUGGUAAGGAGAGGCCCCAGAUCAUCUGUUACCCAGGGGCGGGGCACUACAUAGAGCCUCCUUACUUCCCCAUGUGCCCGGCUUCCAUGCACACCUUGGUGGGCCGUCCUGUCAUCUGGGGAGGGGAGCCCAGGGCUCAUGCCAUGGCCCAGGUGGAUGCUUGGAAGCAGCUGCAGGCUUUCUUCCACAAACACUUGGGUGGCAAAGAGUUAGGGUGACUCUCCUGAAAAUAUAACCAGUUACAGUAGUCGACCCUUAUCCAUGGUUUCACUUUCAUCAGUUUGAGUUAUAGUCAACCAUGGUCUGAAAAUAUUAAAUAGAAAACUCCAGAAAUAAAGAAUUGAUAAGUUUUAAAUUGCCUGCUGUUCUGAGUUGUGUAAUGAAAUCUUGUGCCAUCCUGCUCCAUCCCACCUGGAACAUGAAUCAUCUCUUUGUCCAGGGUAUCCACACUGUAAUAACUUUCUGUCACUUAGUCGCCAUCUUGGUUAUCACACCGACCGCUGCAGUAUCACAGAGCUUUUACCUAAUAACGGCCCCAAUAUGCAAGAGUCAUGAUGCUGCACAUUCAGAUAUGCCAAAGAGAAGCUGUAAUGUGCUUCCUUUAAGUGAAAAGGUGAAGUUCUCAACUUAAUAGGAAAAGAGAAAAAAUUG